AAAAAUGCAACUUCCAAAUUAAAACCCUACAAGAAUCCAACCAAACUCCAACCAUCAGAGGACUGUUUUUGUUUUUUCUUUGACAUCAGAGAAGAGGGAAUUUAAACUCAGGGAAAAGAAACCCUCAAAUCUUCCCAAAAACAUGAAAAACUGGUUGUGCCAAGUGUUGGUGACACUGCUGAGCCUGUGCGAGAGCUCCUGGGCUGUGCCCGGCCCCCGGCUACGGCCCUCAGAUCCCCGAGCCGAGUUCGAUUCCAUCGUCAACCUGGCAAAAAACCUGCUGAGUGACACCAAGAACCUCUUCAAUCAUUUUAAAAACCGCUAUCCAGCUGAGGGAGAACACAAACUGGAAACGCUCCCCGUUUUGUCCAUGAAUGCUGUGGAACUUGCCAACAUCCAGGUCUCUGGAGGCCUAGCCCGGCUCAGCUCUGACCUGCAGUGCUACCAGCGCCACUUUGAGUGGCUGCGCAAAGCAGCGCCGCUACUGCGGCCUAUGGAGCAUGACAUUGGCACGGUGCAUGUCCGGCUGGAACGCCUGCUGAAGAGGCUGGAGCACCUGAUGGUGAAGCUCAGCCUCCCGCGGCCCAAUGACCCUCUGCCAACUCUCCCAUCCCACGGCACCCACUGGUCCGUGGUUCAAGCAGGACACGCCAUCGUCCACUCGUUUCACCUGUAUUUAGACUGGGCGGCCCGCAUGCUGGUUCUGAUUCGGAACAAGCUGUGAACCGCCAAGAAAUGGAACCAUGACGGGUAUUUUGGAAAGCCUCCCCAUGGACCUGGAACUGUUCAGUGCCGCUCCAGAGGAGGAGGAAGAGGAUGCAAGGAAGGAAAAGCAAGUCCGUGAGACAGAGCACCGCUGUGUUCCUCCUCCAGGGGGUGCUGCAGAGUGGGAGGGGGCAAAGACUUUUGGCCCAAUCAUUCCCUUCCUACACUGUGGGACAUUGUGGAACAAGAGGGGGACUCUUCUCUCAGAACCAUCUCAUCUCCUCAUUCUUCCUAAGGGGCUCCAGCAAGCAUGGGAA